AUGGAUUAAUAAUAAAAUGAAUAGGCUCAAUAAAUCAAUAUUGAAGAACCUAUAUAUAAAUUGACUACUAAAUUAAUGAAAACAUGUAAUCCUAAGUAAGUGAAUUUUGAAGAUUAUAAUAGAAGUUUAGAUAAGAAAUUUCUUAAAGACUUUAAAAUCAAACCUAGUGAGACACUUGUUAAUUUAAAUAAUACUAAAUUAGAUCCUUAAUCUCCAAAAACUAAUAAAGCCUUACAAGAUUUGAAUAUAUAUCCAAACUAAUUAGAACUAUUGUAAAAUUAAUAUUUUUUACUUAGGGAUAAAUAAGAGUUUAAAAAAAAUGGAGAAUCAUCUGAACUAACAGAAAAGAGAUAUUGGUUACAUUAUUUUUAAGUUGCUUAAUAAAAAAAGUCUGUGAUUUUAUAAAGAAAUAAGUAUAAACGAGAAGAAUGGAUAGAAAAAUAGUAACGUCCAAAAUCGAUUUAAACUCUUGAUCAAAGCAUGAAUAGUAGUAUCAAUAUUAGCGAAUAUGCUCCUUAUAAAAGUCCUACUGAAAUGAUUGAAAGUUGGAUAGAUAGUCAAGUAUAAUAAAGUGAUCGUCAAAUAUAAAAAUUCAAUAAACUUUAAUAAGUAAAUUUUUAUACUCAUUUUUUUAUAGAAAAGAAAAGAAUUAGAAGAAUUAAAUUAAGAAGAAUAAGAUAAAUAUAAAGAAAAUCUUGAAAUUAUUUUAGAAAAAAAAAAAAAAAAUAGAUUAAAUAAUUUAAAGUAGAAAUCUUAAAUUGCAAGAAAGGAUGUAUCUAAAAGCUUAGAAAUUUCUACUAAAAUGAGAACAGUUAUUCAAGAAGAAAAAUAUAAAAAAGCUUAAAUGAAGAAAUUAUAAACUGAAUAAAAUAUUGAAUAAGCGUAUAUUUUAUAUUAUUAAUUUAAUAGAUAAAAAAGAGUUGAUCAAAUUAAACAAACAUAUGUUGAUACUUUAGAAGAAAAGUAAAAGAUUUAUGAAGAAAAAUUAUAGUAAGUUUUGAAAAAAAAAGAUGAAUAAGAUUAAUAAUUGAUGUAACAUAGAUUAAAAGAGAUAAAAACAGAUAGAACUCAUAAAUCAACAAAAAAAAUUAGAAAAUCUGAUGAAUGGUCCUCAAAAUUACCUUUAUUAAUUAGUAGAAGUGAAGCACAAUUUUAAAAUGUUUAUAAUUCAAAUUUAGCAUCAGUUAUUGAAAAAUUUUAAAAAGAAGGAAAAAAGAAACUUAAAUAAAAUAAAUCUUAAGAAUUGGAAAAAGAACAUAUUGAAGAAAUUAAAUAAAAAGAGGAAUAAUUUAAAAAACGAUAUUCAGAUAAACUUAAAAUAUUUGAGUAAUAAUUAAUACUAUAUAAAUAGAAAUAAAAGAAUGAAAAUUGAAGAGAAAUUUGCAAAAAAAGAUCAAUACUUAAUUGAACAUUAAUAAAAAAAAAAAGAAGAAUUAGAGGAAAAAUUUGAUAAAAUUAGAGAAAUAAGUGCUGAAAAUGAAAGAAGAUUCAUAAAUAUUAAACAAUAAUAUAACAAUAAAUGUGAUAAACAAAUGGAUAAAGAAUAAAAAAAAUUUAAAUAAAAUAUGAAUCUGAUUAAAUAAAGAGAAUAAAUUAUUGAAUAGUUAAGAUACAAAAGAUUCUUAGAAAAGAAUAAACCUCUGACUUAAUCUUAAGAAAGUACAUCAAAAUACAAUGAUAGCAAACUUUAAGCAUGAUAAGAAG